CUCACUCACUCCAGUUUGCCCAUCUAAUUAAUCCUCUUUCUUCCUAACCCACCAAACCCCACAAGCCUACGUCCAAAGCAAACUUUCUUUACUCUGUAUACUUUCUUUCAAGUUUCAACCCCCAUGCACCUAAUAACGUAACAAACCAUCCCUCCUUCCUCUCCCUCAAAUUCAUUGCAACCAACGUAAGACGUAGAAUCGAUCGAGAUUUCAGACAGACGAGCCUGCAAUAUGGCGAUCAAACUGCAGUAUGGCUCGAAACAUCCCGUGGUUCUAAUAAUCAUGCUCCUUUUGAUUGCCUACGUACUAGGCCCAGUCCAUGCCGAUGAAACCCCAGGUGCUCCCGGCGAGGAAAAGUGCGGCUCGUGCACUCCAAGCCCACCACCGCCGGUUCCAUCCCCACCACCACCAUCACCGUGUCCUCCUCCACCACCAUCACCGUGUCCUCCUCCACCAGCGCUUCCGCCACCGUUAUCACCCCCGCCUUCUCCCAAGCUGCCACCGUGCGGCUCAUGCGGUCAAUACGCGCCUCCACCGCCGUCAACGCUGAUAUACAUCACCGGUCCGCCUGGACAGUUGUACCCUAUCGAACAGAAUUUCAACGGUGCCAGUCGGAGUUCGGUCAACGCGUUACCGGUUUUGCUUGGGCUGCUGGCUCUCCUGCCUUUUUGGUGAUCAAUUAUGACUUGUUAAUUCAUAUGGUAAGUACGCAUUACAAAAUUAAUUCAGAUGAUUACAAGGGAUAUAAAAUUUAAUUUCUGGAUGUUAUAGUUAAGGAUAAGAGUUUCAGAGCAGGACUAUCAUUUUUGUAAUCCAGGGAAAUAUUAAGGGCACAAAGGGGAUGGUCAACACUUUCGUUUGAUUCUUGCUCUAAUCUCAUCUCUAGUCAAUUGUGUAAUAAUCUUCCUUAACAAUCUUUCAAUUUCAAUUUUAUUAUCAAUAGCAUUAGAGUUCGUUCGUAACCA